CAGUCCUGCUUACGAUGGCCGUCCUACGGCAGCCCAGACGCCAGGAAACCCGAGUUUUGCGCCGGGCAUGCUCCGGCAGGGAGUGUGAAUAAGAAGAAGAAGAAAUGCUGCGUCGAUGGGUGCAGGAGUACAGGAACGUUCGGAAGCUUGGACGACUAUCGAAUGUAUUGUGUGCAGCACAAGGAUAUAACCCACAGAGACCUGAGGAGCAGGAAGUGCAACGAGGAGGGCUGCGACAAGCAACCUUCCUAUCAGAGCUUCAAAGGUUGA